AUGGCAAUGGGUCAUUCUUUCUUUAAACGGACAAUAACUGAAGAUUGGUUGGCAACCAAUGUUGAAUAUUCCUGGGCACAACGACAAAACAAUAGUAGCUUGUAUGACAAUGACGAUAAUAAAUUUCGUCUCGAUUAUCGCGUCGAAAUGUAUUUUAAAUUAUACAGAAGAGGAGGUGGAAUACCAGCUUAUGUUUCCUAUAACUUUUAUGACUAUCGUACUGAUGUAUAUUUCAAUGAAUUCGAUGAACAUCUAUGUUAUAGAUCAACUCAACUCCUAUGUACUCAUUUAGCAUUUCAACUUAAAUUUAACAAUGAAACAACAUUAGACAAUAUCGAAAAUGUUGUUGUCAGUAGGUUACUUUUUGAAAAAUAG